AGCAUCGUAGCGAUAAAAUAGAAGAAUAAAGGCAUGACAGUUUGUCAAACUUUUAAGUUCUGUGUCAGUGUCUUAAAUAUAUUUAUGGUGUAAGAUGUCAAUGUCAAUCCAGUGUUUUUAAAAACAAAUCAUAAUAUGGAUUCAAAAUUUAGUGUUCCUAUUAUUUCACAAAAUCUAUACAAACGUGAGACUAUAAUACAAAUAGCAGAUGUAUUAGAUCAUCUAACAAAAGUCAGUGAAGAAAUAUUUGCUCAGAUAAAUAAACGUUUAGAGAAGAAUAGAUCCAAAUUGAUGAAUAUAUCAGGGAGGGUGGACUUAGUUAAUAAAAAAAUAGAUACUCUGAGAGGUGCCAAAAAGGCAACACAAGUAUUUUCCAGUAGCAAGUAUCCUGCAAGUGAUCUUAAUCAAGAGUAUGUUUCAAUAUUCCAUGAUACUCCUGAUGUACCUCUCAAAAGACACCAUAUUAAAUUAAGAAAUGUUGCUAAUUCUCAAGCACCCUUAGAAAAGUUACAGUUUUAUCAUGUCAAUAUUCAGAAGAAUAACAAAACGAAGUUGGACGGCCUCGGAAAUACACAUCAAAAUAUUAAGUUUGGUUAUGAUUUGUUGUUAUUUAACUCUGGUAAGAAUUUAUACAAAGAUUUCGAUAUUAUCCACCCACUAAAAACACCGAAAUUUGUGAAAGAAGAUGAAGAAUAUGUUUCUGAAAUUGGUGCAGCUCCACAAUCAAUUAGCGAAAGAUCAACGUUAUCAAAAUCCCAGAAGCAACAUUACUUUUAUUCACCUCAGAUAGGGGAAGUACCAGCCUUGGAUGUACCUUUAGAUUUGCCAGAUCUUCCAGGAAUAGCAAAUGAUCUUCAGUAUGACUAUAACCUGAACUCAAGUAUAGCUCCUUCAGCUGAUAUGCCUUCUUCCAUUUUGGAUCUAGAUUUCGAUGCUAGUAAUAGUUUACCAAAUAUUCCACAAGAAAGUGAGGACAUUGAAGAACUUCCGGAGAUUUCAAUAAAUGAACCUCCACCUCCUAUGCCCCAGGAACCCCCCGUUGAACUUCCCAUUCCUGUGGAAGUUGAAAAACCAAAGAUACCUAUUGUUGUGAACCCUGAACCUAAAAAAACAGCAGAACCUGUUGCCCCUUCCGUGAGUAAGCCUAAUUUGCCUGCAGUGGAUGAUGUUAGAUCCAAUCUAAUGGAAGCCAUCAGAAAUGCUGGGGGAAAAGCUAAGCUGAAAUCCGUGCAGCAUGAUAAAGAACAAAAGACAGCUUCCAAAGUUCAGGGUGGCAACUUAAUAGCAGACUUGCACAACAAAUUGUUCAUGAGAAGGAAGGGUAUUUCCGGAGCAAAGCAAGAACAGCAACCUGUUGUAGAUGCGGACUUAACACUAUCUCGAAUUUCUUCUAUGAUUCCUCCACCAGAACCUAAAAUGGAUAUAGAAUCUACUUCAAAUGAUGAUGAAGAUGAAUGGGAUUGAGAACACUGUUAUAAUCCUUCUUUUUCAGCAAUCUUUAUACCUUGGAUAUUUUGCCUAACUAGUAUUAUUCCAUAUACUACAUGGCAACUUUAUACUUUUCAUUUUAUUGUUACUCUCCCUAUUCUCAGUGAUUGUAGGAGCUCUUUUAUUUCUAUAUUUAUUAUGAAAUUAUUAUUAUUAAUAAUCUUUUUUACUAUCCUUUUUUGGAUUAGUUAAUUUUUUAAUUAGUUCAUAAUUUAUUGUUAUUAUUAUUGUGAUUUAUUAAUUUAAUUUUUGGAUUAAUUAUUGUGGAUAAAAAAAUUAAUUGCAGUUUUUCAGAAAUUUUUUAUUAAAAUUGAUUUUUUGAUUAUAUCUCUUUUAAGAAUUAUUUUUUUUUAAUUGCUUCUAAUAGUUUACUAUUGUAUACUAUUAUGCUGAUUUCAUGAAAGAAUUUAUGUCCCAUCAGUUAUGUUUUUUGACAUUAUACCACUUUGUUUUCCUCUACCCUGAUAUACCUCCGAAUCAUAGUAGGGUAACUAUGUCUUCUGUUCAUGAUUCAUAUAUUUUAUAAUAAUUUUUUUACUAAGUUGGACCAGAUAACAUGUGGAUGCAAUUCUGGAUGUGGAUUUUAAUCUUCCUGUACAGUCAAUUUUGCAAAUUUGUUUGGGUUUGUGAUUCGAGGUCGGUUCUAGUUGUUUUUGAGUGAAAGAAAUCUAAAAUACUGUUACACUUCUUUAAAAUACUUUAUACAUAUAUUAUACUAUAUACAUUUUCAAACGUUCCAGCUAUUACUAGACAUCUCGAAUAUUCUAGAUUUCCUUAAUAAUCGUUUGACUGAAAAGUUCGUAGGUUAACAUAGAAAAAAAAUUUCUUUGAUAAAAUUUGAUUUUAUUAUAAUAUAAGUUACCUUCGAGGGCGAUAUACAACGAUUAUAGCGGUCAUACAAUUUUUCAAUACCAUUUUUUUUUUGUUUUGAUUUUGGCCUUGGUUUAGAACCUUUAGCCACGUAAUUACAUAUAAAAUUAUUAUUCGUUCAUACAAAAUUGUCCAGUAUACACUUAAAAAUAAAGGAUAAUAAAAAAUAAAGCUUACAAAUAACAAUGUCUACUUACUAUGUUAAUAAAUUCAACUAUGCUAAUUAUUAUUUUUUUUUUCUUUUUUAUAUAUUUAUAUAUAUUUUUUUUUAAUAUUUUUUUUAAUCUUUUUUUUAAUAUUUUCUUAAUACCAUUUUUAUAAUACAAUUUGUCUUUAGCCCCGAAAUAAGCCUUAGUUUAGGCGAUUACCUCUUCAUUGAUGCUAAAUUUCUUUCCAGUGAGCAUUCUCUUGACUUGAGGUCAAAAAACAGAUGAUAGUCGUUGGGAGCCAUAUCUGGUGAAUACAGUUGUUGCGGAAGCAAUUCGAAGCCCAGUUCAUGAAAUUUUACCAUAAUUUUCAUUGAUUUGUGACACGGUGCGUUGUCAUGAUGAAAUAGUACUUUCUUCUUCUUUAAGUGGGGUCGUUUUUUCUCAAUUUCGUCCUUAUAAUUUCGCAAUAAACGCUCCAAUAAUGCAAUGUAAGAGUCGCUGUUAAUGGUUUUUCCGCUUUCAAGAUAGUCAAUAAAUAUUAAACCAUGCGCAUCCCAAAAUACUGAUGCCUUAACCUUGUCAGCCGACUGUUGCAUCUUUCCACGCUUUAGAGUCAGUUCUUCACGUGCAGUCCACUCGGCUGACUGUCGAUUGGACUCCGGUGUGAAAUGAUGGAGCCAUGUUUCAUCCAUUGUAACAUAUCGACGCAAAAAUUCGGUUUUAUUGCUAUUGAACAGCUUCAUACACUUCUUAGAAUCACCAAUUCGUUAUUGUUUUAUGAAAUAUUGUGAGCCAAGCCUUGGCUUUAACAGUAUUUUUUUUCGCCAAAAAGCAAAGCUUUAUUAAUACACGAAAUUUCUUUUUAUCCAUUUUCUUUAAACUAACACAAGUUCCUUCACUCAAAAUGCUAUAUCUCAAACUAAUACUUCGACAGCUGUCAAAUUUAUAGACCAUUCCAGAAUGACGUCAUUUGACAUCGGCUGAUGGGCAAACAUCUUGUAAACAAAGUACGUUUAGUGCAGAAAACCAUUGUUUAAAUUAAAAAUAUGAUUAAAAUACCAGCGUUUUGUUCAGUUGUAAAGUGUUCCAAUAAAGGUAAAAGAGAUAAAAUGAGUUUUUUAGAAUACCAGCCGCAUUUAAAGAUCGAGAUGUUUUAAUAAAUGCACUGUCAACACAACGACGGGAGUUGUGGGUCAAGAAUACUGAUUUUCUGAUUAUACCGGGUUUUGCAUCCCCUGUGAGGGUAUCAUAAUAUCCAAUAUUUGAAAUUUUUGUAGUUAAAAUCACCGAAUUUUUAUAAUAAAACGAGAAAAUAGCAAACAUAACAAUGAAAACACAAUAUCUGCCCCUCAGCGACGCUGUCAAAGUUACGUGACCUGGAAUGGUCAAUACACGCAUCUUUUGAAGGUUAGGACUGACUAAAUAUCAUAAGGAUUUAAUACCAGUAGUGCCAUCUAUGUGUCAGCCUACGAACUUUUCAUCCCACCUGUUACUUCUUUUUACUCAAGAGACUUUUCUACAUGGAAUAUAUCUCACGGAAUUAUCGCAACAAUACUGUACUUCAUUUUGUGUUAGUGUAACUGAUACGUAAAAUGCAUUCCUUUCCUUAAUAGUACUUUGGGGUGUAUAGUAAAGACAAAAAAUCAAGUAUAUACAAUUUUUACUGUAAGAGAAUAAUUGUAAUUGCAAAUAAUUUACAAAGAAUGCACCGAGAUAGAUAGGACAUAUAUAUUUUAUUAUGAGAGUUUGUAUUAUGUAAUUCUUUUAUUAAUUGUUAAAUAUAAAUAAUAAAACAUAUAAUUAAUUAAU